AUGUGGACUGCGGAUGAAAUUGCUCAGCUGUGUUACACACACUAUGGGACCAAGCUGCCCAAGCAAGGAAAGCCUGUGCCACACCGUGAGUGGACGUUUCUAGCAGCUGUGGUAAAGAUACAGUCUACAGCUGAUGACCAACACUGUGACUCACCUGACAAGCCCUUGAGAGUGACAAAGGAAGUUGUCUCAAUGGGAACAGGAACGAAUUGCAUUGGCCAAUCCAAAAUGAGGAAGAGCGGAGACAUCCUCAAUGAUAGCCACGCUGAGGUCAUAGCCAUGAGGAGUUUCCAGAGGUACCUUCUCCAUCAGCUCCAAUUGGCGGCCACCCUGGAAGAGGAUGGCAUCUUUCUCCCAGGAACUCAGACAGGCCGGUGGAAACUCAGACCAGACCUCCACUUUGUGUUUUUCUCCAGCCAUACUCCCUGUGGGGAUGCCUCCAUCAUACCAAUACAUGAGUUUGAAGACCAGCCUUGCUGUCCUGUUAACAGAAAUUGGGCCAAGAACACUUCUGUAGAGGUCAGUGGUCACCUGGAGACUCCUGAAAAUAAAAGGAAAUGUGAAGAUCCCGGUGGUCCUGUCAUCAAAAAGCUAGUGCUUGAGCCUGAAACUCCCACCAGGGAAGUCGCCAGUGUUGGGCCUCACCAGCCGAGUCUGCAUAAUCAGGGAAGUAGCCAGACCCCACCCACUGCUCCUGGCUCGAAUCUUCCUGCAGAGGGACUGGCCAAUGUGACCAUAGUGACCGCAAGGGGUACUAAGGUGGUGGACGUUCAUAGAACUGGAGCCAAAAGCGUGCCUGGGGAAGCUGGAGACUCCAGGGAAGCAGGGGCUGCGUAUCACCAGGCCGGGUUGCUGCGAGUGAAGCCGGGCCGGGGAGACAGGACCAGCUCAAUGUCCUGCAGUGACAAGCUGGCUCGGUGGAAUGUCCUUGGAUGCCAGGGAGCGCUGUUGAUGCACUUCUUAGAACAGCCCAUCUACUUGACAGCUGUGGUCAUUGGGAAAUGCCCUUACAGCCAAGAGGUCAUGCAGAGAGCUUUGCUUGAAAGGUGUAAGAACGUCUCAGCUUUACCCAAAGGCUUUGGAGUUCAAGAGCUGAAAAUACAGCAGUCAGAGUUACUGUUUGAACAGAGUCGCUACGCAGUGCAGGCGCACAGGGCUGACAGCGCAGGCCCACUUGUUCCUUGUAGAGCAGCCAUCAGCUGGAGUGCAGUUUCUGAGCAACCUCUGGAUGUUACUGUCAAUGGCUUCCCACAGGGCGCAACCAAGAAACGGAUCAGCAGCCUUCAAGCCAGAUCUCGAAUCAGCAAAGUGGUGUUCUUUAGGUCAUUCCAGAAGGUGCUGAGCAGUAUUCCAGAGGACAAGCAGCCAGACUCCCUCAGGGGGCAGAAGCUAGAGACGUACCAGGAAUACAAGGAGGCUGCGUCUGUUUACCAGGAAGCCUGGCAGGCACUCCACAAGCAGGCAUUUGGAUCCUGGAUCAGAACCCCACCGGAUUAUCACCAGUUUAAAUGA